GACCGCCGCCUCCCUUCCCUCCGUGGGACCGCUGCUCCUUCCCCUCGACUGCCGCUCCUUCCCCGGGACCGCCGCCUGCAGCUCCGGCGGGCGCUCCGUGCCGCUGCCGGCCAUGAGCAAGCGCAAAGCUCCGCAGGAGAGCCCCAACGAGGGCAUCACCGACUUCCUCACCGAGCUGGCCAACUACGAGCGCAACGUGAACCGGGCCAUCCACAAGUACAACGCGUACAGGAAAGCGGCCUCGGUCAUCUCCCGGUAUCCGAGCAAGAUUCAGAGCGGGGCUGAAGCCAAGAAGCUGGAUGGAGUGGGUGCUAAAAUAGCUGAAAAGAUAGAUGAGUUCUUAUCCACUGGGAAACUACGCAAAUUGGAAAAGAUUCGACAAGAUGAUACAAGUGCUUCUAUCAAUUUCCUGACACGAGUCACUGGCAUUGGUCCUGCUGCUGCCAGGAAGUUUGUCGAGGAAGGAAUUAAGACUUUAGAAGAUCUGAGAAAAAUUGAGCACAAGCUGACCCAUCACCAGCGAAUUGGGCUGAAAUACUUUGAAGAUUUUGAGAAAAGAAUCCCGAGGGAAGAAAUGCUGCAAAUGCAGGAAAUUGUGCUCCAGGAGAUAAAGAAACUGGACCCAAACUAUAUUGCUACAGUCUGUGGCAGUUUUAGGCGAGGUGCAGAGUCAAGUGGUGAUAUGGAUGUUCUCCUAACCCAUCCCAGUUUCACGUCUGAAUCAUCCAAACAGUCAAAACUUCUGCAUCAGGUUGUGGAACAGCUGGAAAAAGUCCACUUUGUCACAGAUAUGCUGUCUAAAGGUGACACCAAAUUCAUGGGAGUCUGCCAGCUGCCAGAUAAAGAAGAUGGCACAGCUUAUCCACACCGCAGAAUUGAUAUCAGGCUUAUCCCGAAAGAUCAGUAUUACUGUGGUGUGCUGUAUUUCACAGGAAGUGAUAUAUUCAAUAAAAACAUGAGAGCCCAUGCUCUGGAAAUGGGCUUCACAAUCAAUGAGUACACAAUCCGCCGCUUGGGUGUGACUGGAGUUGCUGGGGAGGCCCUGCCAGUAGAAUGUGAAAAAGACAUCUUUGACUACAUCCAGUGGAAGUACAGAGAGCCCAAGGAUCGGAGUGAAUAAUUAACUGCUUUGUCAGGGUUUAUAGCCCACAGAGAUAUUUUUAUAGCUUCUUACAAAGAUGUGAUAGUCUUACUUGGAAUGUUACUUGAAAAUCUGUACAUUAAUGAAGUCUAAAGCAAGUCCAUGGCACUUGGAACAGAACAGAAUGUGUCGUGAGCAAUAAAUCCUGUCAGAUUCC